GAGUGAAAGAGAGAAAGAGUGUGUGUAUGUGUGAGAAGACACACAGAGGACUUCAUUGAACAAGUGCACACAUAUUAAUCAAAAUGACAAAGACCGGUCCUGUUGCAUCUAUGGACUAUUCCCAUAUGUGGUUGCCAGAUAUCAGAAUGUCAAAGCCAAUAGAGGUUGAGAAUCCAGCGGCAGACUCUCCGAUGGAGAGCACAGACUCAGAGAGAAAUGGCUCAGAUUCUAAUAAUCAGGUUCAGCCAAUGAAAAUCAACCCUUUCUCCCUUUCUUCCACACUGAGCAGUAGCACCAAGACUAAGGUGGAGGAUUGUGGUGAAAUGUCUCCUGCUCCUGUACAAACUACAACCGCUCAGACACCCCUUUCCCACACACAGCUCAUGCUAACAGGUGGCCAGCUGGCAGGGUUGACUGCACUCUUGCCUGCACAGCAACAACUGCUCUUACAGCAGGCGCAGCUCCUCGCUGCAGCUGUGCAGCAGUCGCAUGCAGCCCACGCAGCCAAUCAGCAGCAAGCACAGCUGCAGGCAGCUCAGCCACAGAGCCAAUCGCAGAGCACACAAGAACAAACCGCCACCCCUCUCCCGCAUUCUCCUCACCAGCUCCCUCUUUCUCAGCCAAUCCAGCUCACUGCCCAGGACAUUCAGCAGUUGUUGCAGCUGCAGCAGUUAGUCCUUGUUCAAGGACACACUCUGCCUUCACCCACACAGUUUCUUUUACCACAAACACAGCAAGGGCAGCAAGGGCUGCUAUCGACACCAAAUUUAAUUCCACUACCUCAGCAAAACCAAGGAAGCCUGCUGGCCGCUCCACCCAGACUUGGUCUUCAAGCACAGAGAGACAAGGUUGCGGAAAGCAGUGUGCACACGGUGACUCCGGUGCCCUCUCACCCUGAGGAGCCCAGUGACCUGGAGGAACUGGAGCAGUUUGCUCGCACCUUCAAACAGAGAAGAAUCAAGUUGGGCUUUACACAGGGUGAUGUGGGAUUGGCCAUGGGGAAGCUCUAUGGGAAUGACUUCAGUCAGACCACCAUUUCUCGAUUUGAGGCGCUCAAUCUCAGCUUCAAGAACAUGUGCAAACUCAAACCUUUGUUGGAGAAGUGGCUCACUGAUGCAGAGACAAUGUCGAUGGACAGCAUAUUGCCAAGUCCCAGUGCUCUCUCCUCUCCCUCACUGGGGUUCGAUGGCUUGCCUGGUCGCCGCAGGAAGAAACGUACUAGCAUUGAGACAAACGUCCGUGUUGCUCUGGAACGCAGCUUUAUCACGAACCAGAAGCCUACCUCAGAGGAGAUCUUGCUCAUUGCCGAGAAGCUCAACAUGGAGAAGGAGGUGAUCCGCGUCUGGUUCUGCAACCGUCGACAGAAAGAGAAACGUAUUAACCCCUCCAGUGCCACCCCUCCCUUGCCCAGCCAACCCCAGCCCACCUCGCACAAACCCCCCUGCUACAGCCCGCACAUGUUGUCCAGUCAGGGGCUGUCCCAGACAGUGACAAGUCUCAGUACAACAGUGACCACCAUGUCAUCAGUUGGCCGUGUGACUCCAAGUGUGCUCUCCUUAAGCUCCGCCCCUUCUCCUGUAACUCCACCACCCCGUAAUGACAACAGUCCUGCUCCACCAAGUCACAGCACACUAAGUUUAAACACAGGUUCAUGGCAUAAAAAGAACGGUGAUAUUUCAAACUACAUCACCGAUUUUGCUGCAAGUUUGAGGAAUACAGUGAGGGGAGUUAACACAGGAAUAAACCAAGCUCUUCAUGGCAACAACCCACUUGCUACUAUCCAAGCACUAGCAGCCAGUGGUGGCCAGCUGCCCAUUUCCAGUCUUGAGGGCAGCAGCAAGGUGUUCAUCGGUGGUUCUGGGGGCCAAGGAGUAGGUCUCCCCUCUUCCCUCUUCCCUCACCACUCCACUUUGUUGCCCAUGGCAACAGGCACUGGCAUGGGAUUAGGUGGUUUGGCUGUUGCCCAUGCUGCUAAAACAUCAUUCUCUGUCACAGUCGGCAUGAGUCCCUCCCCUUGCUCAAGCCCCGCCUUGUCCUGCUCUUCCAGCGAAUUGGUACACAGUCCACACUCAAUGGGAGGGGCAAACAUUUAGUGACAUUGCCCAUAAGCCAACCACAGGAAUGGGAGGAGGAAGUGAAACCUCACCUGUCAACCAAAGCAUCUCUUGAUCCCCUCCUUCCUUCAUUUCUUCUUUCACACUUUCUCCCUCUCUCUCGCUCUACUGAUGCCAAAAAUACACAGAGUAGAAGAGGGGAGAGAUGGAGAGACAGAGUGGAAGGAGGAAGGAAGAGGAGGAGGGAAUGUGAAACCAAAAAAAAAAAAAACGCCACAAGGCUUAGCAGGAUGCAGAUAAAUACAUUCAUAAAAGGAGAACGAAGAACUAUUUGAACAAAAAGUACAGUUAGAAGAGGACAAAAUGAGAUCCUUGAAUCUGUGUGCACCAAAUCAACAAAAGAAAGGACUUUACUGUGCAUUGUAGAACAAUGGCAAAGGUGUGGGAUUUCCACUCUUUGAAGCAAACAUGUGAAGUACUGAAUACCAAAAAGUAUAAUGGAACUUUAAAAGACUCACUAUGACAAAAGCAUACCAAAAUCUCAAAUACCAAAAUCUCAAAUACCAAAAACAAACGCCAAAAAUACGGAUGGAAAAGCUUUAUCCAAAGGACCUGUAAAUAGCUGACUGUCCAGGACCAGAUCCAGUGACACAAUCCAGCCAUCACCAUCUGCCAUGCAAUCAUACUGUCUUUCUGUCAUUCCUGCUUUCCAUUAUGUUUUUAUGAUUUAAUUAUUGAGUGAGCCUGGCUCAAACGCUUUCUGUGGUUCUUCCUUGUUGUUGCUUAAUAGUUUUACAGAAAGUAGCAGGUUUUCCAUCAACAGUUAUUCAAGUCUCUAUUGAAUGUUUCAGUGCAUUUGGUCAUCAUCAUCAUCAUUUCAUGCCUUGUUGAGCAUAUAGAGAGGGUUUGGUCUUUGCUGUUCAUCAUAUUAGCGCUGCAAGAGUUUGCAUGCAGCAUCUACUUGUACUGUAUGUCCCAAGACAUGAAUGUCGUAUAGUUUAAUUCAGAUCCUGUAAAAAAAAAAAAGAGACCAAAGCCUCUAUUCAUGCCUCUAGUUUAAGUGAGUGCAAAUAUUCUCAUUUCUCUCUUAAUAAUGCAGUUGCAUCCUUCCUCAUUCAUUGAUCACCUGUCUCCCUGACUCCCUUUUGAAUACCAAAGCAAUUCAUUCAUACACAUUAUCAGAUCAUUAUUCAUGUGAUGCAGAAAGAGAUCAGGAGCCCAAACCUUGACAACCCCACUCAAAAACACAUAUGGGAAAUAUCUGGGAUCUGCCAUAAAGGGGCUCCCGUCCUCUCUGCUUUUUCUACAAGCCAAAAAAAUUAUAUGAAACUUCACAGCCAGCCAAACUCCCACUAACCCAGAAAGGAAAACCAAAAACAAAACAAACCAAAUAUGGACAGAGAGGAACAGAGGAGAAAAUGAGUUGCUGUACAGACAAACAUCAUUCCCUUCAGACAUAUCUGGACCGAGGUCACCCAGAACCUUGUAGCAAGGGAUCAAUGUAUGGCACGAUGGUUCCACCUGCCUCUGCCUCCUGUCAUUCAAAUGCUUCCUGGUCCUGGGGGGUGGGAUCUUUGAUGACCUCACUGAACUCAUCUGAAAAAGAUAUUUGGGGGUUGGGAGGGUCAUUGUUUUUGGUCUUUUGUUCCAUCUGUCUGUUAUGUGGGGGUUUUCUCUGCGUGUGUGUAGAUGCUGUACUUCUUCAUUUGUGUGCUAUCAUUUGGUAAAAAGGUAUUUACGUAUUGCAUAAAUCUAAUUUUUUACGUU